GUUAGCUGCCAGUUCGGUUCAUAUUUAUAGUCAUUCUCAUUUUGAGUUAAGUCAGUCAAGUUGUAUCGUUCUGUAAAAGCCGAUUCGAUACAAGUUGAGAAGAAAGAAGACUUAAGUAACGUAAAUGAAACGGGGCAAAUUUAUUUUGCCAUAGGAAGCAGAAAAGAUAAGUGGAUACAAAAAUAAAAAGGUAAAGUAAAGAAGAGAAAAUCAUCGACAACCUACAAAAACAACAACCACCCAAAAAACCCAAGGAAUCAAAGCAAGAUUGAGAGUGGAAAACGAGAAACUAUUAAGAGGGCACUCCUGUCCUGGUCGUGGUCCUGACUCUCGAGCUCGACUAUACACUAACACUCCACCCCCAACCUCACCACACCUCACCACACCAUACUUCGCCAUCAUCAACCAAACCAACCGUCAACCGAACUGAACCCAACUGAAUACUAAAGAACAGAAAGAGCCCCUUCCAUUUUCAAAAGUAUCUUUUAUAGCUCAAUGUGUGUUUUGUAUCUUAUGUCUGCCUCUGCUUAGUUAGUCCCUUCCCUGCUCGGUCCUCCUUCCUCGUUCUCACCCAGCAAGCAAAUGCAAUUCACAUUAUGUGGGGAAACAUGAGUGGUACAAAAAUCAGCUGUGUUGUGUUUUGUUGUGUGUUUUGAAAAUGCUCUUUUAGUGAGCUGGUAUUAGUGAUUGACUUUGUUUAUUCACUGUUUUUGUGUAUAUAGUACGAGUAUCUUUCAGAUACAUUUUAUAUUAGAUGAAUUUCCCAUUCAGAUUCGGUUCGGUCUCCGGUGGUCGACUGCAACUACAACCAUAGACAUAUACUAUAGAUACAAAUACGAACGAGAGUGAAUGAAAGAGAGACAGAGAGAGAAUAUAUCUUGUAUCUCGCUCGCAAAAAGAGAUACUUUAUGAUAUUCGAAUUUAAUAGUCGUGCGCCAACAUAAUCGCUAAUAGUCUGUCGCUUGGAGUAAUUGGUGUAAUAAGUGGACGGUUCGGGUUCGGGUUCAGGUUCGACUUCCACUACACUACGACUUCGACUUCGGGGCUUGCUUGUGUAUCUAUCUAUCUAUCUAUGUGCCUGUGCAGUGUGUGUAGAUAUUGUAUAUUUUGUGUUGUAUCCAUCAGAUACAAUCUAUCAAGUGUAUUAUUAUUAUUGUUAUUACAUAUUCCAUUUGAUGGAAGAUUGUUUUUAUUUUUUCGGGCUAUCUACGAGUAAAGCCUGGCAACACCACCCAUCGCUAACAUGUUGAUAAUGUAAAAUGUUGCUGAGAUAUUUAUAAUGUUGCGAUAAAUAUAAUUUGUUUAGAUUGUUUGUAUUAUGAGAUAUGUUGUUCAUGUUUAUGAUGAUUGUGCGACGACCGACAUCGACAUCGACAUCGGAACGAUGAAGUUGAUGUUGAUAAUGAUGAUGAUGAUGAUGAUGAUUAUAUUUCGUUUUAUUAUUAUUACGGUUUUGUGAGACGAAACAGCGGGUGUCAAUUGUGUGCUAAUUGCAUGUGAGAGAUUGUUUUUUGAUCUCAUUUAGUGUCUAGUGGUGCUACCGUCUUGUUGUCGUUGCUCGUUGUCGUUCGUUCAUCGUUGCGUUGUGCCUGCUUGCUAGUUGCUUGUCUUGUUGGUCGCAGUCGGGUCGGACAGAUAGACAGACAUUAAACCGUUGUUUUGGUUUUAGAUAAAUGUUCUUUAUUUUUGUUGGUGAAAGAUACUUAGAUAGUGAGUGAGACAAAAAGAGAAAGAAAAAGAGGUUAUAAGAGUGUGAAAGAUAUAUCGUGGGUUUUGUUUGCGGUGUGUCGUCUCUUUGGUUCUCAACGUCGUUGUUUGUUCUCGUUGUCGUUAUUAUUGCGUGUUGUUCAUCAUCCUCAUUACAAUCUAUCUAUCUAUCUAUCUGGAAGAAGAUUUAAGAUACCAACCUAUCUACAACAACAAAAAGAUAGAUUUUUUUUUGUUUUUUUUUUAAGAACCACGGUAUGGGGUUUUUGUCCCCUAGAAUUUAGAUUUCAGAAUAUAAUCAAUCUUGUGUGUGUUGUUCUUUUCUUUUUUUACUCAUUCUGGUUCACACUUUUUUGUGUGUUUUAUGUCGGUUUGUAGAUUCGUGUGUGAUUUGUUAAUCAACCCAUCAAAAGUUGAGAUACAAUUAUUUUUAUUCGUUUAUCGUUUGAUCCCAUGAAUCGUUAUAUGUACAUAAGUAUCUUUUUUCGUUGUUGUUGCUGUUCGGCCAACACUGGUUUUGUGUACUAUAACAGUACCUAGAAGCGGCGACGGCGCCGGGAAUUAAUGAAUAAUUACAUUGUUAUUUUCCCUCUUCACGGGUAAUUGAUUGUGCCAAUAAAAAAAUAUUUCAUAUUAAAUACAUAUUUACGGAUAUAUGUUUGAAUGUACGGCGACGUUAUAAAAUUAAGUGAAGUUUAAUAAUAAUAAUGUAUCAUAUACACAUACUAAGUGAUGCUGUGGUGAGAAAUUAAUUUCCGAAAAAUAUUUAAAAUACAUAAUUUAAUUGUAUUUGCGGUUGAAUGGAUAGUUGAUUUCAUUUAAUGUAUAUUUUGUGUGUGCUGUGGAUUUAAACAAAACCUAUCUAUCUACCUAACUAGGCAUAGGCUCCUACCUACCGACCUACCUUACUUACCUGCCUAGCCUACCUGCAUAGUUACCUACCUUAAAACAUUGAAUUAUGGUGGUGCUAGGAUAUUAAUAUAAUUUGAAAUCAACAAAAAUAAAAAAGUGAUUUAUGUUUGCUCAAAAGAGGAUUAAUAAAACGCAAACAUAUUAUAAUUAUUUAAAAAAUAAGAAUCGAAUCAACGGGACAACAAUAUAAAAAUACACAAAACUAAAAAAAAACUUACCUUCCUAUCAACUUAAUUGGAUAUUGAAUUAUUUUGAUUCAAGUGGUCUUUGACUGUUAUUGCUGAUUGUAUUUUAUUUUUCCAAGUGAUUAAGUCAAUGUCAAUAAUUUAGAUGAUGCCCGAAGUGGAUAAGGACAGCGUUGCCGAUGUGGUGAGUGGAGCACAUGCACCAAUUUUCGAUUCAGAAGCUCUCUUCAAGGAAAACAAAAUAUUUUCCACCGAAAGACUUACAAACGGCAGAACAGGCUGCAGUGGUGGAAGCAGUAUCAGUGGCGCUAGUGGCAUUAUUAAUGGAGGAGGAAGUACUGAAGUCGAUAAUACCGAUUCUGAAUCAAUGGUUCAUCCGUUUGUUUAUAAAAGCCCUCUGACAAUACCACCAGCGAAAUAUAUAAAUUCUGCUCUCACGAAUUUCGGAGCACAAUCAAUGUCGCUACCACCGACAAAUAAAGACACUUUGGCAACUCUGCUAAACGCCGAACGUCCACAAACUGCCCCACUAACCUUUCAAAUGCGUAACAGUUCUCGAUCGAUAUCAUCCUCCGAGUCGAAUGCCUUUGAUGCCCACAUCCCCACGGCAGGAGAUAGGAAAAGAGAAAAAUACCGGAGCCUAAAACGCAACGGGCAGUUGAGUGUCGAGGACAUGUUACCGGCAAAGCCAAAACCCAUAAGUUUUCAACCCUCCAGACCGUCGAGUACCACGAUAAAGUCAUCUCCAGAACCCAGUGAUCUGACGACAUUAUCGAUGAACUCGACAUGGCAUCCACAUGUCUAUGCCAAACCCCCCAAUCGACCAACACCAUAUGCCAUUGCUGAUAUUAUGGGUUGGCGAAAGGCAACAAAGCUUGCGUCGAGUGAUUUGGAUACCAGAACGUCGCCGUUCAUUUCGACGGCUUUUAGCUUAAAGUCGGAAACUCCAUCGGAAGUAGAUGCAAGUCGAAUGAAAUCACCUCGAACUAUAUUGAAAACUUUUCAACAACAAUACUCUCAACAAAUAAGCCGGUUCGAUGAAAGAUGCAGCAGUCAUACACGAAGUACUUCUCUAAGUGAGACAAGUGAAGAUGAUAGUGGAAGCAUUGCUAAUGAUCAGCCGCUUAACUUGUGCGUUCCUAAGCAAAGUGACUCGAACGAUAGUACCAGUGUUACGGCGAAAUCUGUUGCGAAAAUUCAUAAAAAAGACCUGCCUUCCAAACCACAUGUGAAAAAGAAGAAACUCUCUAUAGAAGCUAUUCCUGCCGCUGAAAUAAUCAAAGAAAAACAACAAUUAGAAACAACUGAAGAUGAUUCAGAUUCAGGUUCAACUGAUAAUCGUCGAAAAAAGAAAGCCCGUACAACAUUUACGGGGAGACAAAUUUUCGAAUUGGAAAAACAAUUCGAAAUUAAAAAGUACCUUAGUUCGAGUGAACGGACUGAUAUGGCGAAAUUAUUAAAUGUCACGGAAACUCAGGUUAAAAUAUGGUUUCAAAAUCGUCGAACAAAAUGGAAAAAACAAGACAAUGUCACGAAUACCGAAGCAGCAGAGCAUAAGACUGUUACAUCAAAAAAUUCAGAAAAUCCCAAAGGCAACAACACACUGACACCACAAAAUGAAUCUACCACGCCCAUCAUCAGUUCAAAAAAAUCCUCACAAAUAACUCCAGUGUCAGUGGCGACGGCGGUGAUGGGACCAAACGAAAAAACUCGACCAAUUUCAGUUGAACUUAGUGCGAAACUAUCAGCGAAACAUUCAACAAAAAUGAAAAAUAAACUUGCACUUUUAAAUACACCAUCAACGCCUCCCAAUGGAGAGAAAUCAAGACCGCCUUCUGAAAAUAAUUCUACUUCCGGUGGUAAUGGUAAUGGUGGAAGCAGUAAUAAACGUAAAUCAACCGAUCUAAGUCCCCCGCCACCUAUUUUAGAUUUCGAGACAAAACUUACCGUAUCGAAAAUAUCAAAUGUCAAAUCUUCAAUUGACGAAGAUGAUAGCAGCCAUCAUAUGCCUGACGAUCAAAUGUCAGAAAUUUAGAAAGAAGUAUCUUGUAAGAAAUACAUAAUAACAAAAUGUCAAUUUUUCAAAAAUGACAACCUAAAUAUCGAUCUUCCAUUUUAUAAUCCAAAAACAAAUAAAAAUAAAUAAGAAACAAAAUGAAAAUAUAUAAAAUGUAUGUAAUAAUUUAAGAAAUGAAAAAUCCUGAUUUUUGUGCCAAGACGUAAAAUAAAAAUUUUAAAAAUAAAAAUUAUAAUUAAUGUAGAUUAAAAAAAUAAAGUAAACGUGUAUAAAAUA